UUCACGAAUCCAUCAAGAUAAAAUGGAAAAGGAAGACAAGUGGACAAAGAGGCAGAACAGCAAUUUUUGUGUGCUGAACUGGGAGCAGGUGAAGCGCCUGGACGUCAUCCUCACCGAGUCCAUACCGAUCCACGGCCGCUGGAGUUUCCCCACGCUGCAGAUGAAGCCGCGGGACAUCGUAAAGGCCGUACGACGUCGAAUGGCCGAGCGAAACAUUAACGUACGUGAGGUUCGGCUGAACGGCUCGGCCGCCAGCCACGUCCUGCAUGAGGACAACGCGUUAGGAUACAAAGACCUGGACCUGAUCUUCUGCACUGAGCUACAGGACGACCUGGACUUCCAGACCAUCAAGGACAUCGUGCUGGAUGCGCUCCUGGACUUCCUGCCUGCAGUCGUCAACACAGCCAAAAUUACCCCCCUCACACUAAAGGAGGCGUACGUACAGAAGAUGGUGAAGGUCUGUACUGACUCGGACCGCUGGAGUCUGAUCUCUCUGUCCAACAACAGCGGUAAAAACGUGGAGCUGAAGUUUGUGGACUCUCUGCGGCGUCAGUUUGAGUUCAGCCUGGACUCCUUCCAGAUCUGCCUGGAUUCGCUGCUUCUCUUCCACGAGUGCUCUCUGGGUAGCGCCAUGAGCGACUCGUUCCACCCGUCCGUGGUCGCCGAGAGCAUGUACGGCGAUUUCUCCGAGGCCCUCGAUCACCUGCACCGCCGGCUCAUCGUGACGCGUAACCCCGAGGAGAUCCGCGGCGGCGGCUUGCUGAAAUACUGCCACCUGCUGCUGCGCGGCUUCCGUGCUCCAAACCAGCGUAACAGCGCCGACUACCGUAAGCUGCUCCAGCGCUACAUGUGCUCUCGCUUCUUUAUCGAUUUCCCCUGCGCCUCCCAGCAGCACCGGAAGAUCGAGUCGUACCUCCAGAGCCACUUCGUCGGGCAGAAGGAGAGUAAAUUUGCGUACCUGAACACACUGCACGGCGUGGUACGUAAAAGCAGCACGUGCCUGAUGAACCGCGAGAGGUGCCGAGCUCUUGACAUUAUCGUCGGCAUGGCGGUGCGGGCGCUGGCCGAGCACGCCGACGUUCCAAAAGCGGAGAACGUCACCUGCUACUACCAGCCCGCGCCGUACGUCAAAGACUCUAAUUUCAGCAACUACAGCGUGGCGCGGAUACAGAACAUCUACACCUGUGAAACCGACCAAUCAGGUCGAGUCUGGUUUUGUUUGUAUGUCUGACAGAACAGCUGAUGAUCCAACAUCUCCGGAGUGGCUUUGGAUUGGUUGGCUGCUUUUCUCACACCCUCAGAGCCAAUCGAAAACGGAGUUAAGUCCUCAUUUUCUCUCCAGGUUUUGUAGGGGUGAGAAGGUCAAAUCCAGACCUGCAUGUAAAAGGGAGGAUUUAUGAGUUC